GUGCUCGGGGUGGGACUGAAGGCUCUCUUGGCGGGAGAGGGGGACCGAGGCGCUGCCCGACGAUGCCUGCAGGUGGCGGCGGUGCCGCGUUGUGCCGUGCUCCGCCCCCGCCGGGCCUGCGCGCUCCGCUCCGGGAGCGGCCCCGGCCAUGACCGACGAGGCGCUGCGGGCGCUGCUUCAGCGCUUCUACGCUCUGCAGGGGGAGCGCGUGGAGACGUACCGGCUGUUCGAGGAAGGUCACCGCGCAUACCUGAGCAGCGCCCCGCACUACGACUUUCCUCGCUACCGGCAGUUGGUGCACGAGGUGACGGCGGCCUUCAGCGGCAUCUCCCGCGAGGUGCUGCAGCUCCAGGGCCGCCUGCGGGGUGAACUCGGCCGCCCCGACCUCGCCCAGCACCUCACCCGCCUCCAGGAGCGCGAGCAGGAAAAGCUGCAGCUGACAGCACAGCUCCAGCUGGCCCGGCAGCGGGCGCAGGAUGAGCCCGGCGUGGACACCCAUCAGCAGGAGGUGCAGGAGCUCAAGCACAGGCUAAUUAAAACCAUCGAGGCAAUCAGCGAAAUUCUCCAAGACCUCAAGUACGAUUCGGAAGAAGCCGAGUGAUGGGCGUCCCCGUGGGAAUGGCUGAAGGGGCCGGACAGCAGAGCACUGCGGGGCCCCCUGCCCCACUCCCACCCCCAGCGAGGUGGGCACCUGCCCCCCCAACUUGGCCCCAUCCCUCCGUGGGGGAGCCUCCCCCCACAUCCUGAGCAUCCCUCAGCAGGUGGGUGCACAUGGGGCAGACCUGUUCCCACUCUCUGCUGAGCACAGUGGGGCUUGGAACCAGGGGACCCUUUUCUGAGCCCCCUGGGUGCCUGGGGGUCCCCAUGGGGACAGACACUGCCAUUGCUGCCCCAGGUCCUGGGGACAUCCUCUGCCCUGCAGACACUGGGGGCUGGCGCUGAGGAUGGAGACAGCACCCAGCCCACACCUUUUGUGGUCACCUUCAAUAAAAACAUCCCCUGAGCCGUGUGGUCUAUAG